AUGAUGACGGAUACAGCUGUGCAACAGCAAACAGAUCCUAAUGGUCAAACAUUAGUAACAGAAUCUGAACGAGAAGCUUUAGUUCAAAGAUUAACUACAAAAUGGACCAUUGAUUUGUCAAAACGAGUUGAAGGUCUUGCAUAUGAAAAAUCACGUGGUGUUAAAGCUGUUUAUUAUAAAUUUGUUCAAAAUUAUUAUCAACAAGUUCAAAAUGCAUAUCAAAAUCGUGCUCAACAACAACAACAACAAUUGCAACAACAACAACAACAACAAUUACAACAACAACAAUUACAACAACAAUCACAGCAACAGCAAACAUUGCAAUCAUUAAAUAAUAAUCCACAAUAUCUAAAUCAACAAUUGAAUCUUCCUCAACAAGCAUCAGUACCUAUGCUUAAUCAAUCACAACAUCCAUUAAAUACUAUUCUUAAUCAACAAAUUCGUUUUUCUUCGCCACAACAAUCCUUACAACCUCGCAUGACAAAUCCGCAAACAGGUGUUAUUAAUACACAAUCAGGUGUUCUCAAUCAAGUUGUACGAUUACGUGAACCACAAAAAUCCAAUCAAUCAUCUCUUAACACAAUUCAAUUUACAUCACCAUCAUCAUCAUCGUCAUCACCACUUAAUUCAGCUGCAGCAUCAUCAACAGUCCAAAAAAUUGAUUUAUCCCAAAGUUAUACAGCUCAGCAACAAAUAAAUAAUAUAAAUCUAAGUGAUUAUUUAUCUCAAUCACCACUAGUUCAAAGUCGAUAUCCAACUCAACAAACAAUAAAUUCACGACUACGUACAGCAACGAAUUCUAAUGGAAAUUUGCCACAAAUAUCAACAUCAAAUAAUUCAAAUGAUAUUUUACAUCAAUUUGUUGUUGGAAAUCCAUCAGCAAAUUCAAUGGCGUCAUCAUCAUCAUCAUCAUCAUCAAUAUCAUCAUUAUCAAUGGUAACACCAGUAACGAAUACAUCUUCAACCGGUGAUCGAUUAUUACAACAAAUCCUUUCGUCUAAUACUGAUGGACCAUCGAAUAAAAUGCCUAUACAAAAUCGACAACCAUCUUUAUCACAAUCAACAUCAACGAUUAUCCCACAACCAAUUCGUUCAGUCAAUACUACGAACAGUAAUAUGACAAACAGUGUAAAUUCUCUUCGAUCAUCAUUAAUAUCUCAACAACCAUCACCUUCACCAUCAGUUACAAUAAUGUCAACAACACCACAAGCUCAAAUUUCUAAUGUUCAAAUUCAACCAUCCAGUAAUGUUACUGUUCAACAAAGUCCUUUAAAUAAUAGCAAUGGUCCAUUUUCGGCAAAUACACAAAUAAUACCACAACCACCAUCAAUAACAAUGAAUAAUUCGACACCAUCAUUUAAUAAUUAUUCAUCACCAAUGAGUCGUUCAUUACCAUUAACAGGAAGUGGUAGUAUUUCAAGUCCAGACGAAGAAAUCAUCAAUUUAAUAAAAUAUCUUAAAGAUAAUAUUGGUAGAAUACAAGCAUUAUGUCAAAAAUUUACUAAUGAAGGUCAUCCAGACAAAGCUCGUAAUGCACAAGUUAUUCAUCAACAAAUGGUUCAAUUUAUCAAUAAUCCAACUUAUGAAAGUUUAGCAAAUGCAAAACAUAUCCGUGAUAACCUUGAACGAGCUACUAGUCGAUCACAACAAUCGAAUUCAUCAGUACCAAAUGCAACAAUACCAAAUAAUUCAAUACCUACGCAAACAAGUGAUUUAAAUCAAAUUGAAAAAGGACUUAAUGAAUUUAUUUCACGUGAUCAAAGAAAACGACUUUAUUUAAGUAAAUUAUUUAUUGAACCAUUAAAUGAUGUUAUUAAUGGUGUACCACAUAAAAAAAUUCGUCUUGAUAAUGAUAAUAGUUCAAAUAGACCAAGAAUAACAACAGAACAUUUUUCUUCAUUGAAUCAAUCAUCAUUAUUAUCUAAUCUUAAUGAUGAACUUGCUUUAUUACCAGCUAAUAUGUUUUUUAUUGAAUAUUUACCAAUAUCACCGUCAAUAAACAAUAAUGAACUCAAUGAUGAAUAUUUAAAUAAAACUGGUAUUAUUGUUCGAUGUAAAUUAUUAGAAUUAUCAAAUCCUCUUAUACCAUCAUUAAGACUACGCAUUUCAACACGUUAUCCUCAAGAACAACCAGAAAUUUUAUCAUUAACAAAAUCAAUGGCACCAAAACUUGAAUUUACAGAUGGUCAUCCAUUUCUUGAACAAAUCUCAACAUUAUUUGUUUCUUAUCUAUUUAAACUACCUCCUCAAUAUACCGUGACUGAUAUUCUCAAUAUUUGGCGUCAAUCCGUCCAAGCUGCUAUGUAA